AUGUCGUCGCCAACAAAUACAAGUUUCGACGCUGUGCGUGAUCGUUUGCGCCAACUAUGGUCCAGAAACACCGCGACAAUAUCGCGUUACAGGGACUCGCCGGACGAUGAGGAGACAAACGACAGAGACGUCCAAGUCCCGCCUACUCCAGCCGAGAGCUACACUUCCGAGGACCAGUUACUUACACCUGCCUAUAUGACGCCCAAACCAUGGACUCGGAAACGUUCCUUUUUCAUGUGUGGUGCCGUUUGGCUGGCUUUGCUCCUCAUCUUCGUUCUUUUGAAUCUAGUUUUGUUUGUUGCACGCGAGGUAUGGGACAACGUCUCUGAAGAGUUCCAAGACGCGAGCGUGAUCGUGCCCAUUCCAUGCCACUCACACAACGAUUACUGGAGGCGACGACCCGUAUAUUCCGCUUUCGAUGUAGGCUGCAUCGGGAUUGAGGCAGAUGUCUGGCUCUACGGUACCGAGCUGUUCGUCGGACACGAUCGGUGGUCGCUUCGGGAGAAGAAUACUUUCAGCAGCCUCUACGUCAGUCCGCUCGUACGCCUAUUGGAGGAACGCAAUUCGGGUUUCGGGAACACAACAGACCGGCCUCGCGGCAUUUACGACGCAAAUCCCGAUCAGACGGUUAUUCUGCUCGUGGACCUCAAGACCAAAGGCACUGAGACGUGGCCGCAGGUGGUAAGGCAAUUGGAGCCUUUACGUGAAAGAGGCUGGCUGAGCACUGUCAUUGACGGCAAGGUCAACUAUGGCCCCGUCACUGUCGUGGGUACUGGCAACACUCCAUUCGGUAUGGUCGUCCAGAACACGACCUACAGAGAUUAUUUCUUCGACGCACCGCUCACGGAACUUGAUACCCAAGAUUUCAAUCCGACAAAUUCAUAUUACACCAGCGUGUCCUUCAAAAAGGCGGUUGGUAUCGUGUGGUUUGGCGAGCUCAACAACGACCAGAUGGGGAAGCUGAGGGAACAAAUCAAGGAAGCUCACGCCCGCGGCUUAAAGGUGCGAUACUGGGAUCUGCCUGCAUGGCCAAUCAGCAUCAGAAACCACAUUUGGGACGUUCUCAUUCGAGAAGGUGUGGACAUUCUCAAUGUCGACGACCUUAAGGGCGCCAGAAAGCAGUGGGACAUCAAGGGUUGGCCUUCGCUAGGCGCCAACUCCACGACAGCAGCUUAA